AUGGUUUCCCCAGUGUCAGCUGGAGAUUUCCCAAUGCAGAAUUAUGGCACUGUUGCAUCUCAUCUUUGUUUGGAUCCAUUGAGCUGGAAAGAACACUUCUCUUUCUAUUUCGCUUCAUUUUUGCACAUGACACGGGCAUAUCUUCAGCUAAGACGCCAACGCAUGUUUGUGGUCUUUUUGCUUCUCGUAUUGUUUGUCGGUCUGAAAAAUCCAGGUAGUUUUGCAACAUUCACGAUGAAAGAGGACUCAAGUUUCCAUCGUCUUUUUGUAUCAUUCCAUGCCUCAUUAACUGGUUUCCUACAAGCCUGCCACCCUCUCAUUUUCCUUGACAGAACUCCUUUGAACUCAAAGUAUCAAGGAGAAUUAUUAGCUGCAAUUUUUGUCGAUGGAAAUGAUGGCGUUUUUCCUGUAGCCUUUGCUGUUGUAGAUGCCGAAACUCAAGACAACUGGCAUUGGUUUCUGCAGGAGCUGAAAUCAGCUUUAUCAACAUCUGAGCAGAUUACAUUUGUUUCAGAUUUUCAGAAUGGGCUAAAAAAGUCAUUGUCUGAAAUAUUUGAAAACUGCUACCAUGGCUAUUGUUUACGUCACCUUGCUGACAAACUGAACAGAGACUUGAAGGGGCAAUUCUCUCAUGAAGCCAGACGUUUCAUGGUUAAUGAUUUUUAUGCCGCUGCAUACGCAUCCAAACCAGAAGUUUUCGAACGUAGUAUUGAGAAUAUAAAAGGUAUUUCUUCUGAAGCCUACAACUGGGUCAUACAAAGUGAGCCAGAGCACUGGUCCAAUGCAUUCUUCAGUGGAACUAGGUAUAAUCAUAUCACAUCAAAUUUCGGACAUCAAUUUUACAGUUGGGUCUCAGAGGCGCACGAGUUGCCAAUUACUCAAAUGAUUGAUGUAUUACGAGGUAAUAUGAUGGAAACAUUUAGCAUGCGACCCGAGGAGUCUAAUCAAUGGAUAACAAAAUUGACACCUUCCAAAAAGGAAAUGAUCCAAAAGGAAGCGUCAGAUGCUCGCUCACUACAAGUGUUGCUCUCACAAGGUACCACAUUUGAGGUCCGUGGAGAAUCUGUUGAAAUGGUCGAUAUUGAUAAUUGGGAUUGUAGCUGCAGGAGAUGGAAACUUAAUGGCUUUCCUUGCUGUCAUGCUAUUGCUGUCUUUGACUGUGUUGGUAGGGACCUAUAUGAUUAUUGUUCCGGAUACUUCACAGUUGAGAAUUACAGAUUAACAUAUGCAGAACCAAUUCACGCGCUUCCGGAUAUUGCCAGACCAGUCCAGGUUGAACCGGAUAUGGCAGUUACCAUAGUAACCCCUCCACCAACUAAGCGGCCUCCUGGCCGGACAAAAACAAAGCAGGUUGAAUCGAUAGACAUAAUUAAACGUCAACUUCAAUGUGGCAAAUGCAAAGGGCUUGGCCACAAUCGGAAGACGUGCAAACUUCCCUAG